AUGGGUCCUUCGAAAGCGCCGUACGGAACGUGGGCUUCGCCUAUUUCAGCCGAGUCCAUCACCAAAGGCUCUAUUGGAAUUGCCGACGUUAUCGUCGAUCGUGUAACAUCGGAAGUCUACCAUCUCGAAAGCAGGCCAUCCGAGGCGGGUCGGAAUGUCCUCGUUCACACUACUUCGAAUCGCGACAUCGUUGGUGCGGGUUGGAACGUGAGAACGAUGGUGCAGGAGUACGGUGGGGCCCCAGCGAUUGUGCACGAUGGAAAGGCGUAUUUCUCGCAUCUCAAAGAUGGAAGAGUCCACCGGGUUGGGGUUAACGAUGGAGCCGAUCCAGAGCCGGUCACUCCUGAAGACAAACCCUAUAGAUAUGCUUGCCUCGAACCGUAUCCUGGGGACCCACACCUCCUCGUGUCGGUCCUUGAGGACCAUACGAUUGACCUACCUGCUGAGAUCGUGACCACCUUGGUUAUUAUCAACAUCACCAAGAAGACGAUCCAUCCAUUGGUCUCUGGGGCCGACUUCUACGCCAUACCCAAAUUCUCGCCUAAUGGCAAGCGAAUCGCGUGGGUCCAAUGGUUCCACCCCGAUAUGCCCUGGGAAGGUGGCGAGGUACAUAUCGGAGACGUCGUCGUCGGGGCGGACGGAACGCUUGCUGUCGCCAACGACACGCUCAUAGCCGGCGAACGCGAAAAGACGGGAGCAGGCUACCCCGCAUGGGCCUCCGACGAUAGACUCAUCUUCACAUCGGACGAGUCCGGUUUCGUUAAUCCGUGGAAGUUCGAGGAUGGGAAGGCGACCCCGCUCCUCCCCGAGCCUAUCCCAGAGGACUUUGGACACGCGUUCUGGCUGCUACAUUUUUCCCCGUAUGCGAUUCUCGACAAGGAGGGGAGAACCGGGCUGUUCACCGGGCUGAAAGAGGGCAGAGAUGUCAUCUACCUCGUUGACUUGACAGGCGGCGCCCCGCCAAAGCUGAUCGAGAACCCAUAUGUUAUCACCGAGUCCAUUCACACCGUCUCGAGAGAUCGACAGGAGAUCGUCUUUGCGGCUCAGAAGAUCGACGAGAAAGAUAGCAUUGUCCGGUGCUCCUUGACAUCUCUGGGGGGUUUGGAGUUCAACAUUCUCAAGCCGGCUCUCGCGGUUGUUGCGGAUGGGAUCCCACUACCGUCGAACAUCAUCUCAACACCCCAGCCCAUCACUUUGGACGUCUCCGGAUCUCCUCUCCAUGUCGUUUACUACCCUCCACACAACCCCGACUACUCAGGCAGCGACAUCGAGGGCGAGAAGCCGCCGUGCGUCGUUAACGUUCAUGGAGGUCCGACCGGUUUUACGACGCAAGGCCUGACGUGGGGAAAGCAGUUCUUCACAUCCCGAGGGUGGGGCUGGCUCGACGUCAACUACGGUGGUUCGUCCGGCUUCGGGCGCAAGUACAUCGAACGCCUGUCGACUAAAUGGGGCAUCGUCGAUGUCGAGGACUGCGUCCUGGCCCCGCAGAGGCUCGCCGCGGCCCCUUACAACCUGAUCGACCCCAAGCGUCUCAUCAUCCGGGGUGGGUCCGCUGGGGGAUUUACGACCCUCGCCGCGCUGUCGAUCGCCUCCGACGUCAACGUCUUCGCCGCCGCCACAUCGCUGUACGGGGUGUCCGACCUGGCCAAGCUCGCCGAGUUCACGCAUAAGUUCGAGUCGCGCUACCUCGACCACCUGAUGGGCGGUGCGCUGCAGGAGGUGCACGAGGUGUACAAGGAUCGCUCACCCAUCUUCCACGCGGAGAAGAUCGUUACGCCGCUUCUAAUCCUGCAGGGCGAGAUUGACAUGGUCGUGCCCAAGGACCAAGCGGAGUCCAUCUACAAGAUUAUCAAAGAACGCGGCGGUGUCGUGGAAUACAAGCUCUACCCUGGUGAGGGCCACGGAUGGCGGCAAGAGGCGAACAUGCGAGACGCAUAUGAGAGGGAACUGGCAUUCUAUGAACGCGUUCUCGGUUUGAAAAAUUGA